AUGGCGGAUAGAUCUCUUCUAUGCGUGGUAAUGAAGGCAAAAAGCAACAAAGGUGGUGACGGUGUAUUCAUCGUUAUCAAAGAGAAUACAGAAAUAAUCAGCUUAAGAUAUCAAGUGGCGGAAAGGCUUAAAAUACCAAUGCAAUCUCUUUCACUGAAGUUCAUAUGCGAAAGGGAAAAGAAAUUUAGUAUUUCAAUUGACAAUGACGAUGACUUAAAUUUGAUGUUCGAGUAUUGUCGGCGUAAUGGAUUUACAGACGCGAAUUUGCCAGAUCUACGUGCGGUUGAUAUCAAGAACGACAUGCUCUCUAAUUUUGGCAUCAAGAUUAACUACAGUAAAGCGUGGUGGAGCAAGGAGACAGCUCAACAGGACAUGUUCGGUGAUGACGAUGAGGCUUACGAUUCACUGAGAUGGUAUGAAUCCAUGGUGCAUGCAACUAAUCCAGGGAGUCGUGUUGUUAUUGAUGCUGAUGACGGGAGGUUUAGGCGAUUGUUCAUUAGUUAUAAUGCCUGUAUUGAAGGGUUCAUUGCUGGGUGUAGGCCUCUAUUGUUUUUGGAUGAAACAUUUAUUAAAGAUCGUUAUAGAGGCAUACUAAUUAGCGCUACUGGGUAUGACGGCAACCAGGGAAUAUUGUCCCUUGCUUAUUGCGUAUGUGACCAAGAGAAUGAGGUUAACUGGAAAUGGUUCUUACAAGGAUUAUGGAAGUUACUGUAUGAUAGGGAAAAUCCUUACCAACCUCCACAUCGACUGGUAAUGAUUUCCGACGCCGACAAGGGUAUCAGGGCAGCAGUUGAGGAAUUAUUUCCAGAUGCAUUCCAUUCAAGGUGUGUUCUGCAUCUAGUCGAUAAUUUCAAAAAGAAGAUGAAGGAUUUUGGGCACAAGGCAAAUGUCGCGACUACGUUGAGCGAGCUGUUACAAUCUGCGGCUUAUAAGUUCACAAUAUCUGAAUGGGAUAAUGACAUGAAAGAAUUAGCAGCGAUCGAUCACAGGGCUUACGUUACUGUAAUGGAAUACUCCCCGGAGAGAUGGGCAAAUGCGCAUUUUCCUGGUAUAAGGUAUGGUCAUGUUACUUCAAAUGUUGCUGAGUCCUUCAACAGCUGGAUAAGAAAGACACGAUUGUUGCGAAUCUUACCUUUGGUUGAGACCAUACGGAAGCAAAUAAUGGAGCACAUGCAUGAAAGGAGGCUAUUGGGUCAGAAAUGGUCUAGAUACUUAUGCCCGGAAGCGGAGAUGGUGCUGUGUGAUAAUAUUCAGCAUGGUAGCUGCUUGGCGAUUAAACAUUCGACGGAAGAUAUUGUGGAGGUCGAGUCUAAUAAAACUUGCCGUGUAGAUUUAAAGAAUCAGACUUGUUCUUGCAGGUCUUGGGACAUCACCCGUAUUCCCUACAAACAUGCAUGCGCUGCAAUUACAUAG